GCACUUUUCAGGUCUUGCUAUAAAUGUUAUGUUUUAAUAUGUUGCAUUGGCUGUCUUUAAAAAAUACCUUUUUUAAAUACUGUGAAUAAAGCAAAUCAUUUCCAAAUUAAGUUCUGAUAUUUGAUUUUGCCUUAAAGUACUUGGUAACAAGUAAAGUUCAUUUCCCAAGUUUACUUUAGAGUUCAUUUGCUGAAGACUCUGGCUAAGUUUGCCAGAGAAUGAUUUUGCAAAGUCCCAGCAACAUGAGUCUCAUGGAUAUUUCCAAGAUUUUUUCCCUCCUCCAACCCAAAGAGGAUGAGGAGGAUGGCUGCCUGCGGCUGACCCAGGCCAUUGCCAGCGACGAUGACAAGCUCCUGGCCGAGCUUCUCUCUGAGGAGCAAUACCGACAAUGCAUCAACAGCCGCAGCGGCUGGGGCAUCCCUGGCACGCCGCUGCGCAUGGCGGCUGCCCAUGGGCACCUCAGAUGCCUGGAGGUUCUGCUGAGUCAUGGGGCUGAUGUGGACAGCCUGGACGUCAAGGCCCAGACACCCCUUUUCACUGCUGUCAGCGCCAAGCACCUGGACUGCGUUGCCGCCUUGCUGAAGGCUGGUGCUGACCCCAACGGCAGCCCAUACAACAACUGCUCACCUGUGAUGACCGCCGCCAGGGAGGGCGAUGUGGACAUCCUGAGGGAGCUCCUGCAGCAUGGUGCCGAGGUGGACGUCCGUGCCAAGGUGCCGGAUUGGGCAUCGAACACCACAGCCUGUCGAGGGCCCCUCUACAUGUCCGCUGUUUAUGGGCACCUGGACUGUUUCAGACUGCUGCUCCUGCACGGGGCCAGUCCAGACUACAACUGCACGGAGGAGAAGAUGUUGGCUAGGGUCAAGCAGCCAAAGACAGUGCUGGAGAUGUGUCUUAAGUAUGGGUGCGGGGUGGAGUACACUCAGCUGCUCAUAGACUUUGGAGCAAAUGUUUUUCUCCCAACAGUAAGUACAGACAAGUCAACCAAGCAGAAUGAGUCUGUCAUACUGUUGCUCAAAGAAAGAGUUUGCCCCAAAACACUGAUGUCUCAGACACGACUUGCAAUAUGGAAGUACCUUGCUAUGGCAAACAAAGUAUGUGCUAUCGACUGCAUGGAUAUUCCACAAGUGCUGAAGAACUAUUUGAAACACAUCACAUGAUGUUACGCUAAAGCUAAUGUCAGGCAUGUAUCUCUCUCUUCAACUAUUAGUUUUAGUUUUUGUACUAUUUUCUACCUUUUUAUUGUUUCAGUGCAAUUCACUCAUGAGUUGGGUUCAUGAUAUGUUAUGUAUAAUAAUGUAUUUAUUGACUGUGUACACAAUAACUUAUUAAAAUAAAGGCAUUUUAACAUUUACAUUACUGGAGUAUAGAUAUUGAAGAGGUAAUCAAAAAGCUGAUAUGAAGGGGCAGAGGAUUUCUAGUAGCGAUCUUUAAGCUAUGCAUCCCAUGUGUGGGAUCCCUUGGUUUGGCAGUAAGUCAAAGCUAUGUAUAACUAUGUAUAACUAUAGCUAUGUAAAACUUUUUUAAAGCUUGUAUACAUCCUUUAAUUAAUUCAGAAUGAUUAAUAUAUAGAAAAGAAAGAAACAAAAUAGAAUAGGCAGUCAUAAAGAAAAGCAGUAGCUUGCUUGUAUUCUGAACCCCAAACUCAGAACGUUUUUGUGACGUCCAUUUCAUAUGGUCCCCUCGUAACAGCAAAACAAAUAGAUUGUUAUCGAG